AUGGAAUGUUUAUAUCUUCAAUUGAAUGAUUUACCCGAUGAAAUUCUUUUGAUUAUUUUUAAAAAACUAAAUAAUAUUGCACAACUUUAUUCUUUAUUUGGCAUUAGUAAACGAUUAAAUAAAAUUUUGCAUGAUCCAAAUUUUACAAGUCAUUUAGAUUUACUGACAUUUUGGCUGAAUGAUUGUAUUUAUCGAUUACCUUCUCCAAUACUUGAUAGAUUUUGUUUACAAAUUUUACCUGAAAUUCAUAAUAAUAUCAAAUGGCUUAAUGUUGAAUCAUCAUCAAUGACACGUAUUCUUCUUUCUACAAAUUAUCCUAAUUUAUAUGGACUUGGUUUAUAUAAUCUUGAAAAAGGAAUGACAAAACAUCUUAUUUCUAGUAAGAUAUUUUAUUUUGAUUAUCGUUAA